AGUUCUGUUAGUUUAUAAUGGUUGUUGACUAUGCUGGAAAGUAGGUUUUAAAUUAGUGUGUGAUUGGCCUCGUGCCCUGCACUGAAGGAGCACCCAGGGUGCUGGGUGUGGAAGGAAUGCUAUGAACAAGUGGUCCUGUAACGCAAACACUCGAGCAAGCGUUGAAGCAAUUUAUUAGAAGCCUCCUUAAACAAUGUCAGCAAUGGUCACACAACUUUCUUACAGCAUCAAUGAGAAGUUACAUUUAGAUGAUUCUACUUUCCCAUCCAUACCACAACAGCAGCAUCAUAGACCAGAAUCAUCAGUUCCCACAGCAAAACCAUCUACCUCAAAAAACUUGAAAUUUGCUCAAAAAGAACAUGGACAAUGGAGUCCGCCGGUAUCGAAUGUUUCUCCUUCUCAUGAUGGCACGUCUACCUCAUCUAACAAUGCUGAGAAAUAUUUCCAGGGAAGUGGAACGUCCGUGGUUGGGGUAGCUUUGCCGAGACAUAAACCUCAAAGGUCGAUUGUAUUUUCCACGCGCAGCAUCAAACCAGUAGCUUUGGUUAAAACACAGUUAAGCAACCAUGAAGAAACCACGAUACAUGAUUUGCGAUCUACCAGCUACAGGGAAACAAGGAAAUCUUUUUCAGCAGCUCAAUAUAAUAGAUUGGAAAAAUGGUCUGUACCUAAACCCCCCCAACCCACAUUAAAUGAAACUGUAGCAGACAAUACAGAUUGCAGUAAACCUAACACUUCAGCAAACCAACUUGACAAAUUUCCAAGUAUAGUGGGCAAGAGUUGUAUAUUACAUUCUCCAGUUAAAUCCUCGCAAGUAUUAGCGGACAACCCACCCAACAAGCGUCAUUGUCGCUCUGUGUCCGAACCAGAUGAAAUGUUGGACAAAUUCAGCCCCAACUCUUCCCCCAUAUUUUCUUCCUGGAACCCAUCAUCCCAAUCCUCAAGAGUUUGGGUUCCGAUCCGGAAGUUGGGGAACAGAAGAGCUUACUCCGCAAAUAAUUCUCGUUCCCUUGGAGAUUGCUCAAGGUCCCUCGACUGCGCAAGUUUAUGUUCUGAAAGCUCCACCACCCAAGACUCGUUGCUCACUCCCCCCUCAUCCCCUGUUCCUCGACCCGCAUCCGUCACUGUGAUCAAGAGAGGAGGAGCUUGGACUUUUCUCUCAUCCCAGCACUCCCUCUCGGAGCAUUCGAGCUUCAGUCCUCUUUCAUCUCCGAGCUGCAACAUCUCUUCCCCCCUCUCCUCAAGAUCAGCUCAUGGCAUCACGAGUUCAAGUUUAUCAGCGACAAAACGAAGCCUCUCGUUUUCAGAGGACUUUGAAUACAGAGCGAGCAUCCAGUAUACUCCAACCUCAACCCCUGAGUUAGAACGCAGGUUUGAUGGUUUCAAUUCAUCAAGGAAAGGAGGAUUACUUCGAUGUCAAUCUCAUCCAUCCGAUCUCAACAUGAAGAAAAAAGGAAGAAGAAGAUUAACGAGCAGGUUGUCACACCGACCGACACUUGACUUUGCAAAAAUGAAGCAGACAUCUAUAAACAGAAGGAAGAGCAGGGAAACGAGGUGCUGUGCCAAUACAAAGGACGGCAACAAGUUAAUACAGAACAAAGAUGUGUCUCCGAUUGAACCCGUUUUUCCUUCCAGUUUAGUAGUACACGAUGCUCCCAGGAAAGGCAAACUGGUGGAACCUGUUAUGUCUCGGUACUCUCCCCCUAUCAUGUUUUCUAUUGGAUGUACGAGGGUACCGAAUUCGAACCCCACCAAAGAAGAUACGUCAUAUAUUGAUGAAGUAGUCGCGGAACAAGAUGACGUCAUUAUGGAGACGAGAGUGGCGUCAUUCGAACGCGAUUGCGCCGAUUUGAAUGUUGACGCGAUAGAAAACGAGGAAUUUUCGGAUUGAUGGUUACUGAACUUUCCAUUUUACCUCUCAACGAGCUGAUGACGUCAUAAAAAUAAGCUUAAUGACGUCAUGCGACCUCAUACAGUAUCAAGGGUUUUACGCAAGGAGUCCCAAUCUAGAGAUUAGAUGACGUCACUAGUUCAGUGACGUCAUUAGUCACGUGUCGCAUUCGAGCCGCAUAAUCAGGUAGUAGCGUUGUGUUCCAAAAUCUUUAAGUGCUUGAAAUUUUAUUUCCUUGUUAUGUUUUUUUGCGUUACGUGUAAAUAUGUUAUGACGUCAUAAUUAGUUCGAACGCUCAACAAUCGUUGAAGGUGUCACGUCAUUAUUGUGCUUAGAUAGUAGUGCCUUUGUUUCGUAACAACUUGACAAUAACCGUCUACACAAACGGAUGUAAAUUAGGGAAAUUUUUACACAAAUUUAUAUUUUGCACAUUUGGGACCGUGGGUGUUUUCCACUUAGUGACGUAACAAUGAGCAUUAUUCGGUUUAUAUUGCUGGUUCUACCUGACUUGUUUUUCCUCAACUAUUUGCUUAACAAUGCAUUUCAAUACAAAGUUGUUCAAACUAUUGGACACGUAUUUGAAAUUUGUUUUUAUUUAAUACAAACCCGAUACAAG